GAGGAACCUCAGACUGUGAGGGACGGUGCCGUUCUUUCAACAGAUAAGAGGUUUUCAUGUACUGAGUGUGGGAAGGGUUUCCAAUUCAAAUCCAGUCUUACUGUGCAUAUAAGAUCUCACACAGGUGAAAAACCGUAUUCCUGCCCUAAGUGUGGCAAAUGUUUUUCAGAUAAGUCCAAUCUUUCCAUACAUCAGAGAUCUCAUAUGGAUGAGAAGCAACUUUCCUGUCUUGAGUGUGGGAAAUGUUUUUUACAAAAAUCAGAACUUGUAACUCAUAAAAGAUCUCACACGGGGGAGAAGCUUUAUUCCUGCCCUGACUGUGGAAAAGGUUUUUCAAAGAAGUCCAAUCUUUCUGUACAUCAGAGGUCUCACACGGGGGAGAAGCCUUUUUCCUGUCCUGAAUGUGGGAAAUGUUUUUCAAAGAAGUCCAACCUUUCCACACAUCAAAGAUCUCAUACAGGGGAAAAACCUUAUUCCUGUACUGAGUGUGGAAAAUGUUUUUCAGAUAGGUCGCAUGUUUACAGACAUCAGAAAAUGCAUGCAAGUGAGAAGCCGUUUUCCUGUUCUGAGUGCGGAAAAUGUUUUUUACAAAAAUCAGAGCUUGUAACACACAAAAGGUCUCACAUGGGGGAAAAGCUUUAUUACUGCCCUGAUUGUGGAAAAUGUUUUUCAAAGAAGUCCAAUCUUUCUGUACAUCAGAGAUCUCACACGGGGGAGAAGCCGUAUUCCUGUCCUCAGUGUGGGAAAUGUUUUUCAAAAAAGUCCAAUCUUUCCACACAUCAAAGGACUCACACAGGGGAAAAACCUUAUUCCUGUCCUGAAUGUGGGAAAUGCUUUUCAGAUAAGUCACAUCUUUACACACAUCAACGAUUGCACACAGGUGAGAAGCCGUAUUCCUGUUUUGCAUGUGGGAAAUGUUUUAUCCAAAAAUCAGAGCUUCUCAAACAUCAGAGAUUGCACACAGGGGAAAAGCCAUAUUCCUGUAAUGAGUGCGGGAAAUGUUUUUCACAGAAGUCCAAUCUUUACAGACAUCAGAGAUCUCACACGGGGGAGAAGCCA